AUGAGGGGAGAAUGCCCCCUGCUGGGCAUCACCGACGACUCGUCGUCGGAGAGCGGCAGCGGGAACGGCCUCCCCGCCCUCACCCCCCCCUCCUCCGCCGUGGUGGACGGCGCCGUCGUCAGGGAAACGGAGGUCAUCAACGGUAACGGCGGCCCCGCCCCGCUGGACUUCAGCACGCCCACGUCCUCGUCGUCCUCGUGCGAGGACCAGCAGCCGGUCAACCUGAGCGAGGCGCCGCCGCAGCGGCCGCCCCUCCCCCCCUCCCACCUGCCCGUCACCGUGUCGGCGGCGGCGGCGGCGCUGCUCGGCGCGCUGCACCCCAACGCGCCCGAGGAGCUCCGCAGGAAGUACCCGCUGGCCGCCAAGAACCCGCUGACGCCGCACCCGGCGCUGCCGCUGCCUCUGCCGCACACGCACGCCCCCCACGCGCACAAUGUGCACACGCCCAACACACACUCCCUGCCGCACGCCGCCGAGCUGCGCCUGGACCGGGACGGCAGGGACUACGGGGGCAAGUCGCCGCAGUACAGCUCGGGCGGCAGCUACGACAGCGUGAAGAUGGAGCUGGGCGCCGAGGACUUGACCACGGGGCGCCACGGCAGCCAGGUCGCCGCGGACGACGACGACGACGACCACGAUGACCACGACGACAACGACAAGAUCAACGACACGGAGGGAGUAGACCCGGAGAGGUUAAAGGCCUUCAACAUGUUCGUGCGUCUGUUUGUGGAUGAGAACCUGGAUCGGAUGGUGCCGAUCUCCAAGCAGCCCAAGGAGAAGAUCCAGGCCAUCAUCGAGUCCUGCAGCAGACAGUUCCCCGAGUUCCAGGAACGCGCCCGCAAGCGCAUCCGCACCUACCUCAAAUCCUGCCGCCGAAUGAAGAAGAACGGCAUGGAGACACGUCCGACUCCUCCUCACCUCACCUCAGCCAUGGCUGAAAACAUCUUGGCCGCUGCCUGCGAGAGCGAAUCACGCAACGCCGCAAAGAGGAUGCGGCUGGAGACCUACCACGAUGAGCAGAUCUCUCUGGACAAGUCGUCCGGCGGCGGCGGCGGCGGCAGCAGUGGCGGCGGCGGCCUGAGGGAGCCGGCGUCCCUCGCUCACUCCGCCUACUCGCUGGCCGCCUCGGCCUUCUCCUCCCAGGACACUCAGCUCUACAUCAACGGCGCCGGCCUCAGCUACGGCUACCGCAGCUACCCGGGCCUGAGCGCCGCCAUGCAGCAUCCCGUCUCCCUGACGACCGGCGCUGCGGCGCAGAGCAACGGUCCCACAGACCUCAGCAUGAAGUCUCUGACGUCCACCAACAUCGCUAACUCCGCCUCCGCCGCCAACAGCGGCCUGGGCGGGCGGGGCGGCGGCGGCGGCGGCGGAGCCUCCGCCCAGCUCAGCCAGCCGGAGAUCACCGCCGUGCGCCAGCUGAUCGCCGGAUACCGGGAGUCGGCGGCGUUCCUGCUGCGCUCGGCGGACGAGCUGGAGAACCUCAUCCUGCAGCAGAACUGAAACCGUUUGAAAACACACACACACACACACACACACACACACACACACAC